UACGAUCGAUAUAUCAAGAAAUCGGCAAGAAGACGAGAGCUUCAAGAGGCAAGAGACGAUAAAUCCUUCCUUUGCAGGGAAGAUUCAAGAAAUCACAGCGCGAUCGAAAUACCAAGAAUAUCGGCAAGGGAAGUUCCUGAAGCAAAUUCUCUUCCCAAGAAGAAAGAAAGAAAAAAAUGGCAAGCAUCGGUAGAUUGUCCGCGAUGAGGAUAGCGAUGUCCUACGGGCCGGAAUUGAGUUUCCUAGUGCUGCUGCGCAUGUUGAUCGGCAUGUACAGACCGGACAUCAUCGAUCGCGAGUCGAGGGUGAAACCGGUGACCUUGUCGAGUCUUCGCAGCAGCUACGAUUUCGUAAUAAUAGGGGGUGGCUCGGCUGGUUCGGUGUUGGCUAAUCGUUUGUCGGAGAACAAAAAUUGGACGGUGUUGCUGUUGGAAGCUGGCGUGGACGAGCCGGACAUGGCCGACGUGCCGAUCGUGUUCCCGGUUCUUCAACUCACCUCGGUCGACUGGCAAUUCAAGACGGAACCGUCGAAUAAUUAUUGCAAGGCGAUGAAGGCACACGCUUGCAACUGGCCACGUGGCAAGGUGCUCGGAGGAAGCAGCGUGCUAAACGCGAUGCUCUACAUCCGCGGCAACAGGAAGGAUUACGACAACUGGGAGAGGAUGGGCAAUCCAGGAUGGGACUACGAGAGCGUGCUGCCUUAUUUCAAGAAGUCCGAGGACAUGAGGAUCGAGGAGUACCGGGACUCGCCGUAUCAUCAGACUGGCGGCUACCUGAAGGUCGAACACUUCAAGUAUCACUCGACCGUGACCGACUACCUGAUAACAGCCGGCACAGAGAUGGGGUACAAGGUUCUGGAUGUGAAUGGUCCCACGCAGACUGGAUUCACCUACUCUCACGGAACGUUGAAGGAGGGGUUGCGAUGCAGCACGGCGAAAGCUUUCCUGCGAACCGCCUCCGAACGCAGGAACUUGCACGUCAGUACCAGAUCGAUGGUGGAGAAAAUUCUGAUACGCCAAGACGAACACACGAAAACCGCCUACGGCGUGCAAUUUCGACUGGGAUCCGUGCGUAAAAUAGUGAAAGCCAACCGCGAGGUAAUAUUGUCGGCCGGCUCGGUACAAUCGCCGCAAUUGUUAAUGCUGUCUGGGAUCGGUCCCAGGGACCAUCUGCAACAGCUGAACGUCACCGUGAUCCACGAGGCCCCCGGCGUCGGUAGGAAUCUCCAAGAUCACGUAGCAAUCGGCGGGCUCAAUUACUUGAUAACGAAACCGGCGAAUGUCACGGACCCGGAGACCUUCACUUUCAAUUUGAUCAGGACUCUGAACGCGCACGCGUUGAAUUUGUUCAGCCAAGAUCGGACUGGGCCGAUGUAUGGGGUCACGGUUGCUGACGGUAUGGGUUUCGUCAACACGAAAUACGCAAAUAAAUCGGAAGAUUAUCCUGAUAUACAAUUAUUUCUGUCUUCAACGGCCGAUAACACGGACGGCGGCCUCUUUGGAAAGAGAGACUGCAAUCUUAUGGACGAUUUCUACGGGAGUAUGUUCGAAAAUAUUUUAUAUCAGGAUUCGUAUUCGAUCAUACCACUGUUGCUACGGCCUCGGAGCAGGGGAUACCUGAAACUGCGGUCAAAGAACAUUAACGAGCCACCGAUCAUCGUUCCCAACUAUUUCGAUGAUCCGCACGAUCUCGACGUUUUGGCAGAGGGGGCGAAGUUCAUCCACGAGAUGUCGAAGACACCGACGAUGAAGCGACUGAUGGCCCGGCCAAAUCCAAACAAACUGCCCGGCUGUUCAUCGCACGCGUAUCCGUCGUUGGACUACUGGCGUUGUUACGCGCGUUAUUACACGAUGACCAUCUAUCACCCGUGCGGCACGUGCAAAAUGGGACCGUCCGCGGACAAGAUGGCGGUGGUGGACGCGAGGCUGCGAGUACACGGCGUCCACGGGCUUCGAGUGAUCGACGCGUCGAUCAUGCCGACGAUCGUCUCGGGAAACACGAACGCACCGACCAUUAUGAUCGCUGAGAAGGCUGCUGACAUGAUCAACGAGGACUGGAAGGUCUAACAACACUUCGCUUUUCCUUCUGUUCUCGAAAUUAUAGGUUAGGCGAGUGCCGUGUGGUCGAUCUGAGCCUUCUUGAGACUAUAUUUCAAUUUCAUUAUUCGCGUAUGUAAAUUAUUUAAAUCGAACGUGUUACGUGAAGAAAAAUAUCAAAUAUCUAUAUAUAUAUAUAUAU